AUGGCGCUCCGCCGCUCGAAGCCCUUCCUGGCGGCGUUCCCGCUCAUCGACGCCGCCAUCGAGGGCGCCGGCGCUGGCGGCGUCCUCUCCCGCGACGAGUUCCGGAGCGCCAGGGCCCGGAUCGUCGAGCUGCUCUGCGACGCCGCGGACGACGAUGAGAAGGUGGAGGGCUUCUGCGAGCUGCUGGACGAGGCCAUGGCGGGGUCGCUCGCCACGCUGCGGGCCGUGUCCCCCGAGAAGAUCGAGCUGGCGUCCGGCGAUCUGGUCGGCGCCGUCGGCGCGCUGAUGAAGGACCACCCGUCGGAGCGGGUCCGUGAGCUCGCGCGCGACGUCGUGCGCGGGUGGAGGGCGGGCGUCAAGGCCGAGCUUGCCAGGGCCAAGGCAGCCAUGGACGUGCUGGACGGACUCUCAUCUACUCCGCCGCCGCCUCUCAGGGACGAGACAGCGCCCAUGGCUGACUCCAACACAACCGCGAAGAAGAUCCCGGAAGAGCCGCCUCGUCCAAGGAAGUCAACCGUCUCCAGCAGCUGCCGCCGUAUCAGCACGGCGGAGUCCAAGAAGGGGGCCCCGAUCGUCGGCACAAGCAACGCGAAGCCAUCAGCGAACAUGGGAGCUCCAGCCGAGGAGGAGAAGAUGGAGGCCACGAAGCGCAAGCUCCACGAGCGGUACCAGGAGGCCGAGGACGCGAAGCGGCGGCGCACGAUACAGGUGAUCGAGCCACCACGGCCGCCGCCGGGGAUGAACAAGGGCCAAAUGCAGCGGAACGCGCACCCGGCACGCUGCGCGGCGGAGAGGUGCUUCGUGAAGUCUAGCACUCUUGGGAUGAGGGUUUAG